CAUCCCCAUUAAUAGGGCUGGUAAAUCCACUGGAACCAGGUUAGUCGGUUUUUGUUGUCGCCACGGUCCUUGCUGGGGACGCCAGCACCUCGACAGCAGCCCAUCCGAACACCACACUCCACACCUACCUCUCCAUCCUCAUGUCACAGAGGCAUCAUGUCGUCGUCGGCCUCCCUCCCGUCGGCCUCAUCGACUCCGCCGCCAGAGGUAACCAUGCUUCCUUCGGACGGUGAUCGGACCGGAACAGUGAUUGCUGCUUCCGUUGUCUUCUGGUUUCUCGGAGCGGUCGCCGUCAGUCUCCGGUUCUAUGCCCGGGCAAAGAUUGUCCGCGUCCUGGGAGCGGAGGACUGGACCAUGCUUGGCUCGCUGUUCUUCGCCACGGGCGUGAGCGUUGUCCAGAUAAUAAUGACCACAGUUGGAUGGGGAACACACGUCUGGACCAUCCCCUCGGACAACUUCAUCGCGAUUCAGAAGUUGACACUGAGCCUGAUCCUCGUCUAUCAGAUCAGCCUCGUCUUCACCAAGAUGUCCAUCCUAUUCCUGUACCUCCGGAUCCUUACAUACCACCACGCGAGAUGGGCCGUCUACGCGUUGAUGGCCGUCGUCAUCAUCUACAACCUCUGGGGCAUCAUCAGCGAGCUGACGGUCUGCACCCCGCUCGAGAAGCUGUUCCAGAUGGAGGAGUAUGACGCCUGCCAUCCCGUCAGCUUCACCUGGGCGAGUGUGGCCCUCCACAUCGCCACCGACUUCCUGAUCUUCUUCCUCCCGAUCCCGGUCUUCUUCAGGCUAAAGAUGCCGGCGCGGGAGAAGAUCACCGUCGUCAUCCUGUUUAGCUUGGGUUUCUUUGCCUGCGUCAUCUCCAUCCUGCGGGCAGUCUGGGUCACCCAACAGGCAAGAUCCCAAGAUGUCACGUGGGAUUUCGUCCCCAUCUCGGUGUGGAAUGUCGUCGAGGUGAACAUGGUGAUAUUCUGCGCCUGCGGGAUGACCUACAAGCCGCUGAUCGCCAAGUUUUGGCCUCGGUGGUUCACCCCGCCAGAGAAGUCGGGAGACGUGAGCCCUUCCGACAACGGGCAGUAGCAGGGUCUGGGGCCGGCGUUGCUUUGGGCGUUUGCUUUGGGAGGACUGGCUGGAUAUUUACGGGAUAUUAAAGCGACAUUAAAGGGAUA